ACAAGAAGGCGCCUCGUUGGAAUACCAUUAUCUGGAUCUGCUGAACUGAACUGCUGGAUCGACCGCACAAUCGAGAAACGUGUGUACCCAAGAAUCGGCUGCCUGCAGAGCCUCAAAAACACAAUGAACAGCGAGCAUGGCAUUGAGGAUAGUGCCCCUCACUCAAGCCCAAAUGACGGCCUCACCCCAGCCAACUCAACGGCUUUCACGGACCACCGCAAGCAGCCCAAGAAGGGGUCAAAGAGGCACAAGAUCUCAGGACAAGCCUCGCCAAGCGGCGAAAAUACACCCAGGUCCCAAGAUCAUGCUUGUGCUGCUUCGCUGCAAAAGCCCAAAAAACAACGCACUGCCUUUGCCUGCCCCUCCCCACGGGACAAGCGUGACAGCUGCCCCGUCUCGCAGUCGGCCUCGGUACCGAUGCAAGAUUCGGCUGUUCCACCGGUGCGAUCACCCUACGAACGACCUGUGCCAGCUGAGGCGGAUAUUCUGCUACAAGGAACGCCCAGCCCGCGCAGCAUCACGUUUGGAGAGGCAGGGGCGGAAGUUGUCUCCAGUAGCGUGAGGACAUUCGACACCAUUUCUAACAACGAAGAGCGCAAGCCGUCCAACAUGAUCACGGCGACAAUCGUGGCUGUGACCAUUGCGGUUGUCGUAGGGAUCGUCAUCUUCUCCAUGGUUAUCAACGGCCAGCAAGGUUCAAAACACGCGAUUGUUGCGAACACCAGAAAAACGAGAACGACGGCCAAGAUCAAGACGUCUGUUCAGACACCCAGACGCCAGGGCAACGAGGUCACUGCUUCCACGGGGUUACAAGAACUCAACUCAUGAGCGCGAUCUGUAACAUACCAUCAAACUUAAGGCUGCACUGCUUGAGAGCUAGCUGAUUUCACGCUUAUUUUUAACACAGUAUUAUACAAUUUUCAAUGCUCCAAAAUAGUUCUACUAAGUUUAUCAUUCUCGGGUAUAUCUUUCUUGCGAUUGCCGAUGCAUGAGUAAAGUCGUGUUCGCUUAUUCCUA